AUGGCCGCCAUGCAGGACACUCCCAUCGACAGCAUCCCUCAGGCCUACGACACCGUCACCAAGGCCUUCUUGUCGGGAAAGACUAGGCCCAUCGCCUGGCGCAAGGCGCAGAUCAAGAAGCUCGGGUUCCUUGUCCAAGACAACGAAGACGCCUUUGUCCGCGCCCUCGAGCAAGACUUUGGCCGCCCGGCUUUCGAGACGAUCACCGCCGAGAUCAACCCCGUCAAGGCCGAGAUCAACGAAGUCUACGACCACCUCGAGAAGUGGGCCAAGCCGAGGCGCGUCAAGACGUCGGCGACGUGGUACGCUACCAAGCCGACUGUUUACUCGGAGCCCAAGGGCGUCACGCUCGUCAUCGGAACGUGGAACUACCCGAUCACCCUCCUCCUCGUCCCGCUUCUCGGCGCGAUCUCUGCCGGCUGCACUGCGCUCGUCAAGCCCGCCGAGCAAGCCCCUCACGUCGCCGCGCUCGUCGCCGACCUCCUCCCGAAGUACCUCGACCCAACGGCCUUCAUCUGCAUCAACGGCGCCAUCCCCCAAGCCACCGCCUUGCUCAAGCUCAAAUUCGACCACAUCUUCUACACCGGUUCCGGAACGGUCGGCAAGAUCGUUGCGCGUGCAGCGGCAGAGCAUCUUUGCCCUGUCACGCUCGAGUUGGGAGGAAAGAGUCCGGCGGUCGUGCUUGAUGAUGCGGAUAUUGAAGUUGUUGCGAGGAGGAUCGUUUGGGCCAAGUUUACCAACGCUGGACAGAUCUGCAUCUCGACGGACUACGUCCUCACCACCCCCCAGACCGAGCCGAAGCUCCUCGAAGCCCUCAAGCGCGCUCUCGCCGCCUUCUCCGCCAACCCCGCCGCCUCCUCGUCCUCCGAGAAGUCGUCGACCUCGCUCGUGCACAACCCGAACUACUCGCGCAUCAUCAACCAGAACCACUACAACCGCGUGUCGAAGCUGCUUGAUGCGACGAAGGGCGAGGUGGUUGUUGGCGGUGGGAGGGACGAGAAGGAGCGCAAGAUUGAGGUCACGAUCGUGAGGGGCGUCAAGCCUGACGACUCGCUCAUGUCGGAGGAGAUCUUCGGCCCCGUCCUCCCGAUCAUGACCCUCCCGACGCUCGACGACAUGGUCAAGUUCAUCCAGUCGCGCGACACCCCUCUCGCGCUCUACGUCUUCACGCAGAGCAAGAAGAACCGCGACUUCAUCUUUGAGCGCACUCGCUCCGGAGGAUUCGUCCAGAACGAUGUGCUUGUUCAGUUCAUGAUCCCUGGCUUGCCGUUCGGCGGUACGGGCGCGGCGGGCUACGGAAACUACCACGGUAGGCGCACCUUCGACACGUUCUCCCACGAGCGCGCGUCGGCCAACGUCCCGACCUGGAUGGACAUGAUCAUGGCGUCGCGGUACCCGCCCUACACCCAGAAGAAGCUCAAGAUGCUCCUGUUCGCGACCAAGGCGGUGAUCAAGAAGCCCAGCAAGUUUGGCUCGAUCUCGCGCCUGCUCAAGAAGUUGACGGGACAGGCGUGA